AUGGCACUACCGUCACAGUACCCCAAUACCCUAAGCCAAAAGUUCAUCAAGCAUUGGCAAAACGCGACAGAAAGCGACAACAUUGCUCUUCAUGGAUUUCGCCGGUUCAAAACCACCCAUCUUCUCAACCUCCGUUUCAUCGAAGACGGGGUCGCCGAACUGGACCAUCUCAUCUACCAGGCCGGACUUACACUAGACCGUGAUCCGUCAUCUUCAGAUCGUCUUGGCCUGAGACAUGGCAGAAAAGACGAAGACCCUCCUCCACUAGACGAAGUAAUUACGAACGAGAGGGUCUUUUCUGAUAGUUUUCACAAGAAGAAAGAAGAUACCGAAGUCCUGGACUGGCUGAUACCGACUGACUACGGGCCUCAACAAACCGACUACCUGAAGAGGCGUCAACCAGGCACAGGACAAUGGCUCCUUGACUCUGACAAGCAUACGAGUUGGUUCAGAGAACCAAACAAGACGUUAUUCUGUCCCGGGAUCCCUGGAGCUGGAAAGACGAUCUUGACAUCAAUUACCGUCAACAACCUUGAGAAGCGAUUUGGCAGCGAGACUAGCGUUGCAGUCGCCUAUGUCUACUACCGAUUCAAAAGCAGUCCGUCAAAAGAGAUUCGCGCAACCAAGGGCGACAUUCGCAGAUAUCUGCAAGGGCAUUUGUCCGAGCUUCCAGGAUUCGUCGCCAUUCAGCCUGACCUUCAGGACGAGAUCACAAGAAGCAUAACAAAAGCUGUUAAUGGAAUGUUUUUGCUGGCACAGCUCCAUUUUGCCUCAUUAAAAGGCAAAGAUACGCGCAAAGCUAUACAAACAGCAAUAGGAAAGCUGGCGACCGGUUCUGAUGCUUACGAUUAUGCAUACCAGUCCGCCAUGGAAAGAAUCCAAGGACAGCUCCAAGAGCAGGCAAAGCGUGCUAAGGAAGUCCUAUCAUGGAUUACAUGUGCGAAGAGGCCGCUUACCAAACUCGAACUGCAACAUGUUCUGGCCGUCAAAAUUGGUGAGCCAAGCCUUGACCAAGAUAACCUCCCGCAAAUAGGAGAUAUAGUUUCUAUAUGUGCUGGACUGGUGACCAUUGAUAAAGAGAGCAGUAUCGUCCGCCUAGUUCAUUACACAACACAGGAAUACUUUCAACGGACUAAGAGCGACUGGUUUUCCGACGCACAGGGCUCCAUCGCGGCA